GUAUUUCUGUUUCGGGCGCUUGCGCUGAAAGGAAAGCAGAAGCCACUGUGCGCAAAGGCAGUUGCAAAAGAUUCUGCCGAUGAAGAAGACAAAGAGCGUCCUGUACUUGACCCAGCCUUGCGUAGAGAGAACAGAUAAAAAAAAAAGCAGCGCAGGCACUGUCGCUUUGCGGAAAUACGAGGCAAGUUUGUUUCCUCUCAUGAUCGUUCACUCCAAAAAUAGAAAAGGUUUUUUUGAAAUCGUUGGAUCGAAAUCGCGCAGAAAGAUCCACAGCACAAAAAGUAGUCGCGUAGGACGGAUCCAACGCUAAACGAGGUGAAUCGUUGCCAGAUCAUACGGAUUCUGACCGUAACAGGAAAGAAUAUUCGCAACUCAUGAAUUAAUUUUACCAAGAUCCCAGAAUCUCAGAGCAGGCACCAGAAAGAGACCAGAGUACUGAAAUUCUUUGUUUGAAGAUUCUUCUUUUCCCGCCUUCUACGAUCUGGACAGUGCUGUUGCUGUUGUAGUUUACGAAUCUUUAUUCCACAGACAUCAUCGUACUUAAUUUGAGUAGCUAAAGGCCUUUGUCGUACGACGAAAACCGUCAUCAUGCCGAAGAGAAAGCCGGGCAGGGGGCCCUUCGUUCGCAUUCCGCAAUACGCGAAGAAGGAAAUCCAGGAGUUGCGGAAGAAACAGAAAGCCAGAGCGGAACGGGAGGAACAGAGGUUACGGGAGGAGUACCCAAGCGAUUACGAGGACGAGGAAACGAAAAACGACGACAACAAGAAUUCAUCUGCGGCCAAUGAAAUAAAUGACAACAGCAGCGUCCUCGACGACGAGAAAGAUGCAAAUGGGGAGGAGCAAGUUACGACCCUCGAGAGGACGUUAGCAACAAGCAAGAAUCCGGACGUUCGCAAGGCCGUGAAGGACUUCGUGGAGAUGGGCAAGCAGCGCCGGAAGACUUUUGAGAGGUUGCAGAAAAAGGAGAACUUCUUCGUCAAAAGUGAGAAAUCCGUCGAAAAACUUUUGAAAAUCACCGGGAAGGACGGGGUGGAGCACGCCGUGGGGAACUGCUUCGACGAGAUGAAACUGCGCCGAGAGUUUCCGGACCAGGGCGUCGGGCACAAAUACUUCAGCAGUGGGAAGUUUGAAAUCAAGUACGUGCUGUCCACAGAAGGGAUUCCAGUCUGUUUAGUGGUAAAGAGACCGAAGGUGUAGGAACUAAAAGGCGAAGAAGCGCAGCACGUCUUUGUAAACUUUAUUGUUGAACAUGAACUUGCGAACUGUGGCAUUGAAACUUGUUGCGGCCAGCGCUCAUGCUCUUGCACAAGCGAGAAUAUCACAAAAUGAGUGAAAACAAUGACGGCCGCGUAACGGAUGAAGAUUC